GGCCCGGCAGGCCGGCUGCAGCGGGCGCCUGGGGCGGGGCGGCCGCGGCGGCGGCGGCCGCGGCGGUUUCGCUGGAGCGCGGGGCGGCGGGGCCCCGGUGGCGGAAGAUGGCGGAGCUCGGCAAGAAGUACUGCGUGUACUGCCUGGCCGAGGUGAGCCCGCUGCGCUUCCGCUGCACCGAGUGCCAGGACAUCGAGCUGUGCCCCGAGUGCUUCUCCGCCGGCGCGGAGAUCGGCCACCACCGCCGCUACCACGGCUACCAGCUGGUGGACGGCGGGCGCUUCACGCUCUGGGGGCCCGAGGCCGAGGGCGGCUGGACCAGCCGCGAGGAGCAGCUGCUGCUGGAUGCCAUCGAGCAGUUCGGCUUCGGGAACUGGGAGGACAUGGCAGCUCACGUGGGCGCUUCCCGGACCCCCCAGGAAGUAAUGGAGCAUUACGUAAGCAUGUACAUCCACGGCAACCUGGGGAAGGCCUGCAUCCCCGACACCAUCCCCAACCGGGUGACCGACCACACCUGCCCCAGUGGGGGCCCCCUCUCUCCCAGCCUCACCACCCCCUUGCCUCCCCUAGACAUCUCGGUGGCCGAGCAGCAGCAGCUGGGCUACAUGCCGCUGCGGGACGACUAUGAGAUCGAGUAUGACCAGGACGCCGAGACGCUCAUCAGCGGGCUCUCGGUCAACUAUGACGACGACGACGUGGAGAUCGAGCUGAAGCGCGCACACGUGGACAUGUACGUGCGCAAGCUCCGCGAGCGGCAGCGGCGCAAGAACAUCGCACGCGACUACAAUCUGGUGCCCGCCUUCCUGGGCAAGGACAAGAAGGAGAAGGAGCGGGCAGCGCGGCGCAAGGUCACCAAGGAGGAGAAGGAGCUGCGGCUCAAGCUGCGGCCGCUCUACCAGUUCAUGUCGUGCAAGGAGUUCGACGACCUGUUUGAGAACAUGCACAAGGAGAAGAUGCUGCGCGCCAAGAUCCGCGAGCUGCAGCGCUACCGGCGCAACGGCAUCACCAAGAUGGAAGAGUCGGCCGAGUACGAGGCGGCCCGGCACAAGCGCGAGAAGCGCAAGGAGAACAAGGCGGCGGCGGCCGCGGCAGCGGCGGCGGGGGGCGCCAAGCGCGGCAAGGAGGACGGCCGGGACGGCGAGUUCGCGGCCAUCGAGCACCUGCCGGGCUUCGAGCUCCUGUCGGACCGCGAGAAGGUGCUGUGCAGCUCGCUGAACCUGAGCCCCGCGCGCUACGUGACCGUAAAGACCAUCAUCAUCAAGGACCACCUGCAGAAGCGCCAGGGCAUCCCCUCCAAGAGCCGCCUGCCCAGCUACCUGGACAAAGUCCUCAAGAAGAGGAUCCUGAACUUCCUCACUGAGAGUGGGUGGAUAUCCAGGGACGCCUCCUGAAGCCCGCCGCCUGGAGCACCCGGAAUGGACAGACGGAUGGACGGACGGAUGGCUGGAUGGUUGCCGUGAGGGCCACACCGACAGUGAAGAGGGAAAAAAAAAAAAAGCUUUGGUGAAUUUCCAGCAUUAAAUAUACACGUCAAGUAUAUUGGGGGCUUCCCUGGUGACUCAGAUGGUAAAGAACCCAGCUGCAAUGCAGGAGACCUGGGUUCAAUCACUGGCUCGGG